AUGCGCCGAGCUGCGGCAUUGGCGGCCUUGGCGGCCUUGGUGGUUGCGGCCGGAUGCACAGGCCCUUGCUUUCCCAUCUUCAGCAAUGAUGCCAUGGCCUUUCCUGGUCUUUGCCGGGUCGAAAAUGCGAGCUCCCCUGGACGGACUGCCCUGGUCGUGGUGCACCCCCUGCCCAACCGGCAAGCUCCCUGCCGGUUGGAGCAAGCACCAGCACGCCGAUGGCGGCGCCCUUUACCUCCGCCCGGACGGCAGGCUGGUUUCGGAAGCCCCCACGUGGCACGAAACCGGCCUGACCGGCUACUGCCUGGAAGCACCGCCGACGAGGCACGCCCCUGCGCGCAUGCAAGGCGAGCGCUGGAGCGGAAAAAAGAUUUCGCAGAAUGGAAGAAGUGCCAUGCAAGCUUUAGUCCUCGAGCUCGUUUUUUGCUUAACUGCUAUGUUUUACUGCAGCGGGGCAAAGCCUUUGGCUGUCCAAAAGUUUGUUCUGAGGGAACUUUGUGCUAUGCGAAGGCAGCCCGUACAGGCCAACUUGGCCAGCAUACCUGGAUCAGUCCCAAAGGUGUGACUUCCAGAUGCGCGACCGGCCCCGUGACGUGGCGGGACGAGGGCCCGGAACACCGGGGCUUCGGCACCUUUGGUUGGGAAUGGCAAGACCGGUGGAGCUUGGAAGAGAAUUUGAUGAAUUUGGUCUUGGUGAAUGGCUUGAACUGUGUGAGGUUCAACGGCUUCACCGGAGGCCACUGCAGUGCUGUGCUCGUCAGGCCAAAGAUGUCUGAUGAUGGAGAGCUACAAAGCCUGGAGGUCGUUGGCCGAGGGAUCAAUUUGCCAAGCAAUGUGCCACGAGAUUUGGGGCCAAGGCGCAGGAACGAGAUUCACGCCGAGGUUCAAGUCCUCGCAAGGUGUGCAAGGUUUGGAACUCGCACAGCGGGCUGUUGGAUGUGCAUCCAGAUGUUUCCCUGCUGGGAGUGUUGCAAGGCCUUGAUUGCUGCUGGCGUCACAAGGGUGAUCUUCGAGUGCCCCAAAAGGGCGGAGAACCAAAUGCAAGCGACCCGGAUGUGGGGAAGGUCGAUCCUGGCCGCACAGGCGGCUGGCAUGGAGUGGACGGCGAUCCCCAAAGAUCCGGAACGCAAGGAGUACGUGUACCAGUUGUGGGAGGAUUACAAAGAGAGCAAAGGUCUCACCCGCGCGGACGUCAAGGCUCUGGGGCGGCAACGAACAUCGGCUGCACCUGCCACUGCUGUGACCAAAAAGGGGUUGCCGCUGGUGCGUUUGCCUUGCCGGGGACAAGUACUGCAAAAUUAA